UCUGAAAUGUAGAAAAUGAAACAAAAUCCAAAUAUAAUUGACUGGGGAGUAGGUUUCAACGGCCAAUUGAACAGACGGUGUCAACCCGCAGUCUAUCUCUGACAAAUGGUCCUGUCUGGGAAAGAUUUCUAACAUGGGGGUUACCGAGUUUCUGCCUGGUGUUCCAGACUACAGCACGGCACAUGAACCAGUUGGAGAUUUGUUUCAACUUGUAACGUCCAGGUCAGACUGGGUACCAAUGAAGCUGAGCGAGGCCCAGAUAGACCAGUUUUGGAGAGAUGGUUUCCUGCUUAACAUUCCUGUCCUUUCACAUGAGCAGUGUGACAAAGUCCUGGAUGACUACAAGUAUUUCUUGGGUCAGGAGUCCCAUCCUGGGAUGAAGAUGCUGUAUGAAUACCAUAGCAACCAGAGUGGUGACCCUAACAAUGUCCUCAUGCACGCUCUGGGACACUGGAGGCUUACCAAGCAUUUCCAUGACCUCAUUUACCUACCACAGGUGGUGGUUCCAUCGUCCCAGCUUCUAGAGCAGGGCAGAAUGUCUUCUGUUCGAUUCUGGCAUGACCAAUUGUUUGCGAAGCCACCCAAGCAUGGAGGAAAUGUAGCCUGGCACCAGGAUUACUCCUACUGGACCAGAACAGCACCCAUGGCUCAUCUCACUGUUCAUAUUGCCUUGGAUGACCAGACGGAGGAAAAUGGAGCAUUGAAGUACAUACCUGGAUCCCAUAGAUGGACCAGAGACGGAGGCAAGCCAUUACCAGUGACAGACUUCAACUUUAAAGACAUGGAAUCAAUAAAGACCAUUUUAACAGAAGAAGAAAAAGCCAGCUUCAAGCCAGUAUGCGGGAUGUUAAAGAAAGGGGAAGCUAGCUUUCACCACCCUCUAGCUGUCCAUGGUUCAUAUGGUAACAGGUCAGACAGCUCGAGAAGAGCAGCGGUGCUGAACUAUUUCAAGGACGGGGUCUGUUCCAAUACAGAUGAGGAAAUUCUCAGUGAUAUACGCAUACCAAAGGGUGAAAAGAUGGAAGGGCAGUUCUUUCCCCUGGUGUUUGAUCCAGUGUGUAUGGAACAGUAGAGAGUAUAAUGUUGGCUCCUCCCUGUUGUGUUCAAAAGGGACAAUUGUUUUAAUGUUACUUUGUUUGUUUUCAUGUUAAAAACUGUUAUAUCUUUUGUAAUUUGGUUAAUCGUUCGCAACCACUGUACUUCAGUCUAUUACACUUUGUAAAUACCGUGGGACAAUUGACUAACAAGAUCUCGUUUUAAUGAAUAUGCAUGAGGCAGGGGAGGCAACUCUUCUUUCUAUGAAUUUGCACAGUUAAAUACUCUUCAAUAGCCCUGUAUUGUCAGGUUUCUCCGCAGGCGAGUGGUCUGGGCUGCUGUUAAAGGAAUUGAAGUGAAAGCAUAGACCAAGUUCAAAUUCAGCUUUCACCACUCUGCUUUUUCUACGGAAAAAUUUUAGUACAAGUGCUUGUGCAUAUUUCCACAUUUGAAUAUUGCGGAACCGAUAAAAUUGCCUCAUAAAUUAUUCAUGAUUAAGAGAUUUGUCAUUUCAAAAGAGCAUUAUUAUUAACAAAUUGUGAUUUUCAUAACAGCAUUAUGAAUUAUAAAUUGUGAUUUUCCUAACAAAAUCAUAAACAAUGAAUUGUGAUUCAUUGUGAUUUUCAUAAUAGAAUUAUACAUAAUAAACUGUGUCUAACGAAUAAUAAAUUGUGAUAUUCAUAACAGCAUCACGAAUAAUAAAUUGUGAUAUUCAUAACAGCAUUAUGAAUAAUAAAUUGUGAUAUUCAUAACAGCAUUAUGAAUAAUGAAUUGUGUUUUUCAUUACAAUGCUAUGAAUUAUAAAUUGUGGUUUCCAUAACAGCAUAAGCUCUGGAGUAUAUCAUACAUAGACACUGAUGAUGAUAGUAUAAGUUUUUGGUCUCUUUUAUUUGUGACUGUAAUCUACAGAAAUCUGAAUAUAUAAAUAAACUCUACAACUCAAAAAACACCAGAAAUAUUUAACAUGGUAUUGGUGUUGACAUGUAUUUUGACAUUUAUUUACAAGAGUCAUAAAGAAGCAGCAUAUAGGUUACAACACUUGACAGAUGCAUUUGUUUAAUGCAUUAUAAUGUUUAACUCAUUUAGCACUAAUGAUAACAACAAAAAAACAACAUUAUAUUGGUAAAGAUAAAGAAUAGAUACCGGUAUGUUGGCGCAUUUUUUAUUGAAAACCCCAUUUUGUUUUAAAUGUUCACAAAUCAUGUGUUUUUUGGUGCUUUUUUAAUGUUAGUUGUAGUAAAUUCUUGUCUUUGAAC